AUGGUGAAAUCAGGUGGUGCCGGUGGUAAGGGCGUGUGGGGAGCUGCGGGUUUGGUGUACGAGAUGGAGGAACCCGACUCCCACGAUCCGAACUAUGACGAGUCGGCUCAGGGAGAUACGGUGUACGCUACAGUGGUUCCUGAACUGGACGAUGGAGAGCUGGAGAAGAUCAUGAACCCCAUCAUACAGGAGUACUUCGAACAUGGAGAUACCAAAGAGGUGGAGAUGUUGCUGAAGGACCUGAACCUGGGGCCCCGUCGCGCCGAGUUCCCGUUGUUCGCCGUGUGUUUGUCGUUGGAGAGCAAGGCCAGUCAGAGAGAGCUCACGUCACGUCUGCUGUCCGACCUGACGGGAAAACGAGUGCUGAACCAAAACGACAUGACCCGUUCCUUCAACACCACCCUGACUCAGCUUCCAGAGCUCAUCCUGGAUACGCCUGAAGCUCCACAGAUGCUGGGUCAGUUUAUUGCUCGUGCUAUAGCUGACCACGCCCUCCCCAUGAACUUCCUGGACCAGUACAAAGGGAAGGUGGACAAUGAGCAUGCUCGAGCUGCUCUGGACCGAGCGGCGGUCCUGCUGUCCAUGAAGAAUAAGAUCGUACGAUUGGAUAACGUGUGGGGAGUGGGCGGCGGCCAGAGACCCGUCAAACACCUGAUCAAAGAGAUGAACCUGCUGCUGAAGGAGUACCUGGUCUCAGGUGAGCUCUCGGAGGCGGAGCAUUGUCUGAGGGAUCUGGAGGUUCCUCACUUCCACCAUGAACUGGUCUACGAGGCGGUGGUGAUGGUGCUGGAAUCGAACGGUGAAGCGGCGAUCCAGUCGAUGGUGAAGCUGCUUCAGUACUUCUGGAAGUCGGGACUCAUCACUCUGGAUCAGAUGAACCGGGGGUUCCAGCGUGUGUAUGAUGAGCUGGCUGAGAUCAGUCUGGAUGUUCCUCACGCUCACGCCAUCAUGGAGACCUUCGUAGAUGUUUGUUUCCAACAGUCUGUUAUAACCAAACAGCUCCGGGACGCCUGUCCAUCCAGGGGGCGGAAGCGCUUCGUGAGUGAAGGAGACGGAGGCACCAUCAAGAGCUAAAAGUGAUCAAGAACACACACCCUACACACCCUGAUUAUUCUUCUGAUGUUUUCCUAAGUUCUUUUUGAUGUGUGGGCGGGACUUGCUCUUUGAUGUAUGGAUGUGGGCGGGGCUUGAUUUGGUUUAUUAAUUGUUGUGUAUAAACACACGUAAUCAUUCAAACCGUGAAUAAAUAAAAGCAGCUGAGACACUUUGAUCUUUCAGCAAUCCCCCCCCCGCGGAGACUGUAAUUAAGCUUAACGAGCUGUUCCUCAGGUGUUAUAGCAGCUCAUUAUUCUCUAUUACACUUAUGUUUAUGUUUCAAUCAGCAUUAAAUAAAAAUUACAUUUACACUCUGUAUAAAAAAUACAAAAAUAAAAUAUUCUGCAUUCUG